CUGGUGUUUUGUUUGUUAAUGAGAGAAUAGACAGAGAGGAUCUCUGCGCUAAACAGUCGAAAUGUACCCUAAGCGUAGAAGCCGUUAUUAACAAUCCGUUGAAACUGUAUCGCUUAGAGAUAAAUAUUGCAGAUGUUAACGACAAUUCUCCGUCGUUUAGCUCGAAAUCAAAAAUCAUAAACAUUGCCGAAAGCACUUUACCAGGAGUCAGAUUUCAUCUCCCCGUUGCAACGGAUGCCGAUGUUGGUAAACAUAGUGUCAAUACUUAUAGGAUUAGUCCUAAUGAAUAUUUUUCCGUAGAGACAAGUAAGGGGGGAGAACACAGAUUAUCUGCCGAGUUAGUUCUUCAGAAAGCACUUGACCGUGAAAAACAGUCUGUUGUUCCACUCACUCUGACCGCUGUAGAUGGUGGAAACCCACCUAAGUCAGGGACAAUGGAAAUCAGGGUUAUUGUUCUUGAUAAUAAUGAUAAUGUACCUGUGUUUAGUCGCACGUUAUACAAAGCAAGCGUUGUCGAAAAUGUACCGGUAGGGACAUUAGUUGUUGUUUUAAAUGCCACAGACGCAGAUGAAGGUGCUAACAGUGACAUAUUUUAUUCAAUAAGCAAAGGAGAUCAAGACAAAAUCUUAGAGAUUUUUGACCUCGAUUCAAAGACCGGGGCUGUUACAGUGAAGGGCAAUAUAGAUUUUGAACAAAAUAGUGCAUUUGAAAUCCGGGCUGAGGCAAGCGACAAAGGUCAGCCCCCAAUGGCGACGCAGUGUAAAGUGCUUGUCGAAGUAAUCGACGUGAACGACAAUGCCCCAGAAAUUACAGUUACCACACUUCUUAACACAGUGAGCGAGGACGCCAGAGUUGGCACCGCGAUUGCACUUGUGUCUAUCCUAGACAGAGAUAGUGGGAAGAAUGGUAUGGUCCAUUGUUCCAUGUCAAAUAAAGGCCCCUUCAAACUGGAGGGAAACUAUAAAAACUACUAUUCCUUGGUUGUAGAUGGCCCUCUAGACAGAGAGAAUGCGGCCCAGUACAACGUCACCAUCACCGCUGUGGAUGAGGGGACUCCGCCCCUCUCUAGCAUGAGCGUAAUUACUGUACACGUCUCUGAUGUCAACGACAACGCACCUCGCUUUCCAGAGCCACAUAUUAAUGUUUAUGUUAAAGAGAAUAGUCCAGUUGGGGCCCUUCUAUCAACGUUGUCUGCUUCUGACGCUGAUAUAAAUGAAAAUAGUCAUGUUACUUAUUCUGUUUUGAACAACAACGAGCUUCCAUUAACAUCAAUGGUUAAUAUAAAUUCAAUUACAGGAGAUAUGCAUGCAGUGAAGUCAUUUAAUUACGAAGAACUUAAGUCUUUUCAGUUCACUGUUCUUGCCACAGACUCAGGUGUCCCCCCACUUAGCAGUAAUGCUACUGUAAAUGUUUUCGUUCUGGAUGAGAAUGACAACAGCCCCAGUAUUCUGCCCCCCUAUUCGGAGCACGGGUCUGUGAAUACAGAAAACAUCCCCUACAGUGCUGAAGCUGGAUACUUUGUAGCCAAGAUCAGGGCCGUAGACGCAGACUCUGGAUAUAAUGCACUGCUUUCGUAUCACCUCUCUGAACCUAAAGGAAACAACCUUUUCCGAAUUGGGACCAGCAAUGGGGAGGUCAGGACUAAAAGGCGCAUGAGCGACAAUGAUUUGAAAACGCACCCACUGGUGGUUUCCGUUUCAGAUAAUGGAGAGCCUUCACUUUCAGCCACUAUGUCCAUUGAUGUUGUGGUCGCUGAAAACGGUGGAGAAUCGCUGACUCAUUUCCGACAUAUCCCAGUAAAGGAUGAGACUUUUUCUGACUUAAACCUUUAUUUGCUUAUCGCCAUUGUUUCAGUGUCGGUCAUCUUUUUGCUGAGCCUCAUCAGCUUGAUAGCUGUAAAAUGUCACAGGACAGACAGCAGUUUCAGUGGCUACAAUCCCCCAAUGAUCACCACACAUCCUGACGGAACCUGGUCUUACUCCAAAUCUACACAGCAGUAUGACGUUUGCUUUAGCUCAGACACACUGAAGAGUGACGUGGUAGUUUUCCCUUCGCCGUUUCCACCUGCUGAUGCAGAAUUGAUCAGUAUUAAUAGCGGAGACACCUUUCAGCGGACACAGACACUUCCAAAUAAAGAAAAGGUAAGAACUCCUUAA